AUGGGGAUGAGGAUGAGGAUGAUGAUCCAGAGGCUCAGGAUCUCACUGGAUCCCAUUCCCGAUCCCAUUCCGGAUCCGCAGCCGGUGACGCAGGUGACCUGGCACCCCAAGGGCGAUUACUGGGCCUCGGUGCAGCGCAAUCCCGGCGGGCGCCAGGUGCUGAUCCACCAGAGCAGCCGGCGCCGGAGCCAGGAUCCCUUCCGGAAGAAUCCCGGCCGGAUCCAGUGCGUGCGAUUCCAUCCGCUCCGGCCCUACUUCCUGGUGGCUUCCCAAAGAUCCGUGCGGAUCUACAACCUCCUGCGCCAGGAGCUCACCAAGAAACUCCAGAGCGGCUGCCAGUGGAUCUCCAGCAUGGCCGUGCACCCCGCAGGGGAUAACGUGAUCUGCGGCAGCUACGACAGCAAAUUGGUUUGGUUCGAUCUGGAUCUGUCCACGAGGCCCUACAGGACGCUGAGGCACCACAGCCGCGCGCUGCGCUCGGUGGCGUUCCACGGCCGGUAUCCGCUCUUCGCUUCCGCCUCCGACGACGGCUCCGUCAUCGUCUGCCACGGAAUGGUCUACAAUGACCUGCUGCAGAACGCUCUGCUGGUGCCGCUGAAGGUUCUGCGUGGCCACGUCCCCACGCUGGGCCUGGCCGUGCUCGACGUCGUUUUCCACCCGCGGCAGCCCUGGAUCUUCUCGGCCGGCGCUGACGGCACCGUGCGCCUCUACACCUGAGAUCCCAACGGGAUCCACAGGGAUCCACAGGGAUCCACAGGGAUCCGGCCCCGGUGGAAUUCACGGAGCUCAAUAAAGCAUUUUUAUGGA